AGCGGCAGCAGCAGGAGGAGUGGGCACACUUUACUGACACAUUGAGGAGCAGGAGGCUGGGGGGCAGCUGGAGCUGUCACCCCCCCAAAUACACUGCCAGCACGGGGUCUCCUGCCCAGCCUGAGGGGGGCUGACUACAUAUUGGGGUGACAGGUCAACCAGGGGUCACAUCCAGGCAUCGUCCUCCUCCCAGGACCCAUCCGGCUUCUCCUGACUGUCGCCUGGGUCACCGCGGGGUCAUCGCCCCCCUUUUAUUAUUUAUCACCACCCCCCCCCCCUCCCCUACGACACGUCCUCGCCCCCCCCUCAUCCGGGGACCCCCAUGAUACCUCGGCCGGCACCGGGGUCUGUGUGAUAAUUAAUCGUCGUCUUUGACUACGACCACCAUCAUCUUCUUCCUCAUCGUCAUCGUCGUCUUCGUCAUGUCAAUGAAUAACCUGGUGGAUGGACCUUUAAGCAACCCCAACCGGCGGCAGACACCUGGAAAGUAUGAUGAUCAUGGAAACAGCAACGGCAGUCAUGUAAAGAUCUUUCUACCCAAGAAGCUGCUCGAAUGUCUACCAAAAUGUUCAAGCUUACCAAAAGAAAGGCAUCGUUGGAACACUAAUGAGGAAAUUGCAGCUUAUUUAAUAACAUUUGAAAAGCAUGAAGAAUGGCUGACAACCUCCCCUAAAACAAGGCCACAGAAUGGUUCCAUGAUAUUAUACAAUCGGAAGAAGGUGAAAUACCGGAAAGAUGGAUAUUGCUGGAAAAAGAGAAAAGAUGGGAAAACAACGCGCGAAGAUCAUAUGAAACUCAAGGUCCAAGGAGUGGAGUGUCUAUAUGGCUGCUAUGUUCAUUCAUCCAUCAUCCCCACGUUCCACAGAAGGUGCUACUGGCUUCUACAGAAUCCUGACAUUGUAUUGGUGCAUUACUUGAAUGUCCCGGCCAUAGAGGAUUGUGGGAAGCCAUGUGGUCCCAUCCUUUGUUCCAUCAACACAGACAAGAAGGAAUGGGCAAAAUGGACAAAGGAAGAACUCAUAGGACAGCUGAAACCUAUGUUUCACGGUAUUAAGUGGACGUGCAGCAAUGGAAACAGCAGUUCAGGGUUUUCUGUGGAGCACCUUGUUCAGCAGAUACUCGACAGUCACCAGAGCAAACCUCAACCCCGGACGCACAACUGUCUCUGCACUGGCAACUUAGGUGCGGGUAGCAGUAUUCAUCACAAAUGUAACAGUGCCAAACAUCGCAUCAUCUCACCAAAGGUCGAACCAAGGACAGGAGGCUACAGCGCCCACUCGGAGGUACAAAACAACGAUGUCUCGGAAGGAAAGAAUGAGCACAGUCACGGCAAAUCCUCCAGGGAGAAAAGAAACGGCAAGAUGGCCAAACCAGUGCUGCUACAUCAAAACAGUACGGAGGUUUCUUCGACAAACCAAGUGGAGGUUCCCGACACCACCCAGAAUUCCCCCGUGUCCAUCAGCAGCGGCCUGAACAGUGAUCCAGAUAUGGCUGACAGUCCUGCCGUCACUGGCGUCUCUAGUAUGGCCGUCGCCUCCGUCAUGGGAAGCCUCUCCCAAAAUGCCACCGCGUUCAUGUCUGAGGUAACCAAUGAAGCUGUGUACACCAUGUCACCAAACACCGGUCCCAACCAACACCUCUUGUCCUCAGAUACAACCACCCAGGGACUCGUAUUGGCCGUGAGUUCUGAUGGCCACAAGUUUGCCUUCCCCACCACCGGCAGCUCAGACGGCCUAUCCAUGUUGUCCGCCAAUGUCUCCGAAGAGCUUGUAUUGUCCACCACGCUCGACAGCAGCAGAAAGAUCCCAGAAACCACGAUGAAUUUUGACCCAGACUGUUUCCUCAACAACCCAAAGCAAGGGCAGACGUACGGUGGAGGUGGUCUGAAAGAAGACAACAUUAGCUCCAAUAUGCGAAGGUCCUCCAGCGCGGAACGGAGUUACACUUUCAACGCUGCUUUAACAAAAGAGAUAAAAACAGAAGACACAACAUUCGAGCAACAGUUAGCGAAGGAGAGCUACCCAUCGACAUCAUCGAACACCCUCACCCUCACUCCUGGUUCCAGCUUGUUGCCAUCAGGUGGUGGACUCAGUCCGAGCACCACGUUGGAGCAAAUGGAUUUUAGCGCAAUCGACUCCAACAAAGAUUAUUCAGCCAGCUUCAACCAGACCGUGCAGAGUCCCCACAUCCAUCAGACCCCUUCCCCCAGCUUCUUUUUACAAGAUGCCAGCAAACCGAUCCCCCUGGAGCAAAAUUCCCACAAUGGCAUAAAUGACUCAAGCAACGCGUACGUCAACACGUUAGGGAUGACCAACGUCAAGACUGAGGCCUCCAGCCAAACGCCAAACAACUGUAACGGCACGAUCGACCAAGCUAGAAUAGAGUCCACCUCUUCUCUCCAACUUAUGCAGUUCCAAGCAAGUUUCCAAACGAUGACCAAUGAGGAGGUUCCAAUGGAGACGUCUCAACAGUCGGAAGGCAACGAGAACCUUCUCAAAGCUGGGGAUCUUCAGUCUUGCAAUGCCGAGCAUUAUAUGCAGUCAGAAAACGGGACGGCAAUGAGGAACGGCAACGGCCUUCCUAUUUUGCAGGGAAAUAUGGUGCAAGGACUUUACCCUAUUGCUCACCAAGCGCUAAGUAACUCUUCCAACAUGGAACUUAAUUUAGAUCACUUUGAUAUCUCCUUCAGCAACCAGUUCUCUGACCUUAUCAAUGACUUUAUAUCAGUGGAAGGAGGGAAUAACACCAUCUAUGGUCAUCAGCUGGUGACUGGAGAUAGCAAUGUGUUGCCUCAGGCAGAAGAUGGUAACAGACCCGCAUACACUCAGGCUGAAAUGUGCAUACCUUGUUGUAGCCCUCAGCAAGCAAGUAUGCAGCUAAACAACUCUGAAACCGGAGCCACCACCAUGGCUUAUAUGCAUGUUGCCGAAGUUGUCUCAGCGGCAGCACAAAGUACCCUGGGGAUGCUGCAACAAAGUGGACGACUGUUCAUGGUGACGGACUACUCCCCUGAGUGGUCCUACCCUGAGGGAGGAGUGAAGGUCUUAAUCACGGGGCCAUGGCAGGAAGCCAGCAAUAACUAUAGCUGUUUGUUUGACCAGAUCUCAGUGCCUGCAUCUCUAAUACAACCAGGUGUCCUGCGCUGCUACUGUCCAGCCCAUGACACCGGACUGGUCACCCUUCAGGUCGCCUUCAACAACCAGAUCAUCUCCAAUUCUGUUGUGUUUGAGUAUAAAGCGAGAGCCCUUCCUACACUGCCUUCCUCCCAGCACGACUGGCUCUCCCUGGACGAUAACCAGUUUAGAAUGUCGAUUCUGGAACGCCUGGAGCAGAUGGAGAGGAGAAUGGCCGAGAUGACGGGUUCCCAGCAGCACAAACAAAGUGUGGGAGGAGGCAAUGGAGGCGGAGCUAACAGUGGGGGGAGCCAAGCACAGUGCGGCGCUGGUCCUGGCUCCAUAGGAAGUUGUUUUGAGAGUCGGGUGGUGGUCGUGUGUGAGAAGAUGAUGGGUCGGGCCUGUUGGGCAAAAUCCAAGCACCUGAUUCAUUCCAAGACGUUCCGAGGAAUGACCCUGCUCCACCUCGCUGCUGCCCAGGGAUACGCCACCCUCAUCCAGACCCUUAUCAAGUGGAGGACUAAGCAUGCUGACAGCAUCGAUCUGGAACUAGAGGUCGAUCCUUUAAAUGUUGAUCAUUUCUCAUGCACUCCUCUGAUGUGGGCCUGCGCACUGGGCCACACCGAAGCUGCCGUAGUGCUGUAUAAAUGGGACCGAAGGGCCAUCUCCAUCCCCGACUCUCUGGGCAGACUCCCCCUGUCCAUCGCCCGUUCCCGGGGCCACGUAAAGCUUGCAGAGUGUCUGGAACAGUUGCAAAGGGAAGAACAGUCCCAGCUGGGGCAAAACGCCCGGUUACAGUGCUCCCCGGGGGCCGAGGCCAGCGCGGACAGCUGGUUAAACCAAUGGCAGAGCGAGGCCAUCAACCACCCACAGGAGGCUCAGAAGGGCGUCACCAUUAUUUCCAAUGUUAACGCAGAAUUGAGAAGACCUCGGUCGGAGCCCUCCAAUUACUACAGUAGUGAAAACCCAAAAGAUUACCCCGCUGCUAAAAAACACAAGUUGAACCCAGAAUAUUUCCAGGUGAGGCAGGAGAAGGUCAUGGCCACCGCUCUGAGCAUGGAGCAGACCGCCAUCAGGAAGCAGAGCUCCGGCUCCAAGCAGCCAAUGUCCGAACCCACACACGGGGAGGAAAUGCGCCACUACGCCAGAGAGCUUCCCCAGCGCACUCCAGAUACCUCCGCAUACAGAGCUACCGCAGGACUGAAAUGGAGCCAGAAGGAACUCUACCUGGGACAGGUGACGGGAACGUCCAAGUCCACAGGACUGGGGAAGGAUGUUGUGGGGCAUAGAUUACGUCAGAGGGAACAGAUGAGCGUCUUAAUGAUGUCCGAGAGGGAAAUGGUGGAUGCUGAUCUACUGUCUUAUAGAGAAAACAUGGAGAAUGAAGAUUGCUUACAACACAUGGAUGACCUCCAGGUGAAUAUGAUGAAUUUGGCAGAACAGAUCAUUGAAGCUACACCUGACCGGAUCAAGAGGGAGAAUUUUGUACCCAUGGAAUCUCCCCUGGCAGAGCGGGCAGACACCGCAGCGUUCAGCACCACCAUGAGCUGGCUGGCCAGUUAUCUUGCUGAUGUUGAUCACAUACCUAGCGCUGCACAUAUACGGUCGCUCUACAAUGAACCGCUGACUCCAUCCUCUAACACCAGCCUCAGUCCUGCGUGUUCCCCCAUGAGUGAAACAACCUUUGAGAAGCCCAGUCUGCCCUCCGCUGCUGAGUGGUCAGAAUUUCUCAGCGCGUCCACCAACGAGAAGGUGGAAAACGAAUUUUCCCAGCUGACCCUGUCCGACCACGAACAGAGAGAACUCUACGAGGCGGCCAAACUCAUCCAGAGCGUGUUCAGGAAGUACAAGGGUCGUCCAUUGCGGGAACAACAGGAUGUGGCUACGGCCGUCAUACAACGCUGCUAUAGAAAGUAUAAACAGCUUACAUGGAUAGCCUUGAAGUAUGCACUUUAUAAAAAGAUGACCCAAGCUGCAAUCCUCAUCCAGAGCAAAUUCAGAAGCUAUUAUGAACAGAAGAAGUUCCAGCAGAGCCGGCGCGCCGCGGUGCUCAUCCAGCAGUACUACAGGAGCUACAAGGAGUGCGGGCGAAUGCGACAAAAGCGUCGGACGAGUUCACUUGUACAACAGAAACUCAGAAGCAGUCUCCUGACGAAAAAACAAGACCAAGCUGCUCGGAAGAUUAUGAGGUUUUUACGCCGCUGCCGUCACAGCCCUCUGGUGGACCAUAGACUGUUCAAAAGGGGUCUGAAUGUUUUUGGAGCAAACAUGUGUAUAUUAAAUUGCAGAAAGAAUGCUCAGAGGUGUCAGUCUUUUUGGGCCACUCUAUCUUUUUUACUUUCCAUUCCUAAUGAGAUUUCUGGAAAAUGGCAAGAUAUCAAAUUCCCCAAAUACCCCACAUGCACUUUCAGCUCUAAGAGCAACAGAGUGAAAGAAUUGAAAAAGGCCAAGGAACUUGAAGAAUUAAAACAACGUCCCUUAGCAAUGUGACAGCGCUUUUUGGACUGUUUUCAUCUUCUGUUUUUAGCAGAGACAUGCAACAAAAAACAAAAACAAAAAAAGAUAAAAAAAUAAAAAACACUGCAGUUUUCGAGAGAUCACCUGCAGGAUUUUAACAGUAAUCUUUUUGGUCAUUGCAUUUGCACUUUCAUGGACAACUUUUGCUUUGUUCAGCAAGACAUCUUGGAUUUUAAUCUUCUGUUGAAUCAUGGGAAACGAUAAAAAAAAAAAAAAACUUGAAAGAAAAACAAAAAAUGGCGCCAGGAGAUGCUUAAAGAGGAGCUCCGAUCUCUGAGGUGGGAGCAGUGUUAAAUCAACAUAGGGCUGAAUUCAAACAACGUGUGGAACUGUACAAAUAUUAUACCAAAAAAAUAAAAAAAUUUAUUGAGGAAAGGUGGAAAUGCACAAGCAAGACCUGAAUGCAAAACCCAGAGCCAUCGAUCACUCACAAGGAGCUACGGAGGAACGGAAAACGGAAGGAUUCGGACUAUCUUAUGUUCUUAAUGUCUGUACCUAAGCUGUAACUUGUAGAUCUCUCAAGUAUUCCUCAUAUUGUAUGCCAUAUAACAUAUGCAAUAUAUAUAUCCAUACAAGAUUAUAGAUAAUAAUGCUUUACCUACCGGAACAACACAAGUCUGCCAAAAAAUGGCGGACUCCUUCACGGGUCUUCUAGUGUGGCCUAGGAGUCCUAUUGACCAUACGUAUUGUCAUCUACUCCUAUUUCAUUUUAAGAAGGCUUUCCCAUCCGUGUAAAUAGACAUAUCUAUGCAUUGCGUAAUUUAUAUUUUCCGUGGGAAGAAUUUGAAGUCCACAAUAUAUAUAUUGCUAACACAGAGGUACAGUACAUAAGAAUCACAUAAGAAAUUUUUUUAUUUUCAAGUGUUUCGAGGUUGUUACCAAAAUCAUUGGGUCGCGUAGAGUCAAUCCUGUCCCCUAUGUAAAAGUGAAUUAAGAACAAAGUGAACUAUAACCCAAUAUGCAGAACCAAGCAGCAUUGCUCAAUGCCAGCUUGGUCGGGUAAAGCUAUUGUUCUGGUAUCAGUGUUUUCUGGCCUACAGGACGCUAAUGGAGGACAGAUUACCAUAGGAGUGUUUUAAAAAUAGUAUUUACAAUAGAAUGAUCUUAGAAUUAAGGAAUGUUUUCUUCUAUGAAAGCCAGGGGCGUAACUGGUACUGAGGCCAACCCUAGUGCCUAAGUAGGCCCCUCUGCCACAUAAGAAGACACCAGUAUUAUAAAUGGCACAUGGUUGGUGAGUUACAGAUUAUGCACUGGGGUCCAAAAGUUUCAGGUUAUGCCUCUGAUACAAAAAUUAAAGGGGUACUCCAGCGCUAAGACAUCUUAUCCCCUAUCCUG